CACUUGGUGGAUCACCUUGUAAACAUCAAGCGGUAGUUGCUAUUAAAUAUCAUUCAGGUUCUUUUAAUUAUAUUGUGGCUCUUACUCUUGAAGAUUGUAUGACUUAUAGAUAUAUCGCAUGCG